AUGGUAUGCCUCCGCCUUGUCUCUUAUGACUGCAUAUCUAUACCAAUUUUCGAAAGAUUUACGCAAUGGUAUGGAAAAGUGAAUGAGGAAGCCGUCGCUUACGUUCAAAACCACGCGUUCUUCGAAUAUGCAUGCGGUCCUGGGAAAGCAUUAUUCCUCGCCGAUCACGACUGUUUAUCACGAGCUUUCACCGUUCAGCCACUUACGCAAAGGAUUAACACCUGUUUGCCCGAUAGUCCAGACAUGUGCUCACGAGCCAUAUCAGCUGUUGAAUGUGUGAAAGAAUCAUUGACAGAGCAAUGUUCCGUUGAUGCAGGUUCAGCAGCUUGUGGAGCUGCGACAAAUAUUGCGCAAAGAGCGCAAGAAGUUAGCCCACUUUGUAUCCAGGAAAUGAACAUCAGAUGUUCAAGUUGCUCAAAAUUUAUUUGGAUCGUUACUAUGCUCGCAAUUUGCGGGCUCAUUUAUUAA